AUGAUUGACAACGAACUACGACAGCUGAAAGAAUCUUUGACUAGAAACGCUUAUCCCGAUGCGUUUAUCGAAAAGCACAGCAAGCCUAAAUUGAUCAGACAAACGAAUUGUUCAGCAGAAAAACUACUAGUCACCCUUUGUCUUCCAUUCAAACGUGAUGACAUCAAUUGCUUGCUCAAACGACCACUUGGAUCAGCGCUUGCCCAAAACAAAUAUUAUGCACCUGACCUCAGAAUUAUUCAUCGAACGAUUGAGAUCCCCACACCCUCGGUGAAACAACGUCCAUCUCUGUACACCAAAUCGAAUCUGAUUUACCAAUUUCAGUGUAGUUGCGGAGCAACCUACGUGGGUCGAACAGAGCGCCAGUUACGUAACCGAGUGAUUGAAUAUAUUCCAAAUUGGGUACAACGUUUUGUGAUGCAAUCAGGGUCAGAUCAAAGGCAUAAUGACAACGUUCGAAACCAUAAGAUCCCGUCGUCGGCUGUCGGCCGUCGGCCGUCGGCCGUCGCUCGUCAUCUUCUGAUGACGCAACAUCCAGCUGACCGAAGCACUGCGUUUCGGGUCAUUUACGUGGCAAAGAAUACCAGGCUUUUGAGACAAAUUGACGGUGUCGCAAUCGGAACUCCAUUGAGCCCCAUUCUGGCACAUCUGUUUUUGGCUCAUCUUGAGGAAAAGGCGAGCAAAAUCCUCGAACGUUCACAACUUUACAAACGAUACGUUGAUCAUGUUCUAGUCAUCACAAUAAGUCUAGAAGAGACAACAUGGAUUAUGGAUAAACUCGAUCGCCUGCAUCCGAAUAUACGAUUUACGAUGGAAACAGAAAUCGAAGAUGCACUGCACUUCCUCGACAUUAAAAUGACUAGGAAUAAUGAUGGAACAAUGGCCAGAUCUGUUUACCGAAAAGAAACUUGGACAGGCCAAUGCUUGCAAUUUGACAGCUUUGUGUCUGUGGAAUAUGAACGUGGUCUGGUCCGAACACUAUUUCAAACAGCACGACAUAUCUGCACAGAAGACAUGAUUGACAACGAACUACGACAGCUGAAAGAAUCUUUGACUAGAAACGCUUAUCCCGAUGCGUUUAUCGAAAAGCACAGCAAGCCUAAAUUGAUCAGACAAACGAAUUGUUCAGCAGAAAAACUACUAGUCACCCUUUGUCUUCCAUUCAUACGUGAUGACAUCAAUUGCUUGCUCAAACGACCACUUGGAUCAGCGCUUGCCCAAAACAAAUAUUAUGCACCUGACCUCAGAAUUAUUCAUCGAACGAUUGAGAUCCCCACACCCUCGGUGAAACAACGUCCACCUCUGUACACCAAAUCGAAUCUGAUUUAUCAAUUUCAGUGUAGUUGCGGAGCAACCUACGUGGGUCGAACAGAGCGCCAGUUACGUAACCGAGUGAUUGAAUAUAUUCCAAAUUGGGUACAACGUUUUGUGAUGCAAUCAGGGUCAGAUCAAAGGCAUAAUGACAACGUUCGAAACCAUAAGAUCCCGUCGUCGGCUGUCGGCCGUCGGCCGUCGGCCGUCGCUCGUCAUCUUCUGAUGACGCAACAUCCAGCUGACCGAACCACUGCGUUUCGGGUCAUUUACGUGGCAAAGAAUACCAGGCUUUUGAGACAAAUUGACGGUGUCGCAAUCGGAACUCCAUUGAGCCCCAUUCUGGCACAUAUGUUUUUGGCUCAUCUUGAGGAAAAGGCGAGCAAAAUCCUCGAACGUUCACAACUUUACAAACGAUACGUUGAUCAUGUUCUAGUCAUCACAAUAAGUCUAGAAGAGACAACAUGGAUUAUGGAUAAACUCGAUCGCCUGCAUCCGAAUAUACGAUUUACGAUGGAAACAGAAAUCGAAGAUACACUGCACUUCCUCGACAUUAAAAUGACUAGGAAUAAUGAUGGAACAAUGGCCAGAUCUGUUUACCGAAAAGAAACUUGGACAGGCCAAUGCUUGCAAUUUGACAGCUUUGUGUCUGUGGAAUAUGAACGUGGUCUGGUCCGAACACUAUUUCAAACAGCACGACAUAUCUGCACAUAA